AAAAGUUUUUACUUUUAUACAUUUUUAUUUUGUGGCAUCCCAUCAGAAAAAAUGUUCUUAUUUGUAAAUACGUAGUUUGUUUAUUUAUUUUUGGCUUUAGCAAAUGCAAUGUUUAUUCACUUGAAAGGAAUUUCAGUAAUGUGUUUAAUUGUUAUACAGCUUUAAGGUCAAAAUACAAAGCGGAUGUUUAUUGAGCAGUAGUGGGGAAAACAAAGUAGAAUCAUUUAUAAAGUUUAUCAAAGAUUUAUAUGUUUUUGUAUUUUUAUCACAUUCUUUGUUAUCCUUUACAAUGGUAUUUCUGUCACUGUUUUUAUUUCUGUCAUUUAUUUAUAUUUGUUCACAUUUCAGAAUAUUCUUUACAAUGAGCAUUUACAUGGUGAUUUCUUAGGGACUUGUGUUACCGUUUGUAAUAUGACGUAAACCUAUGGAGGAAGAGUUUUAUUUUACCACAUGGUUACAAAUUCAUAAAUGUAAUUCUGUAGUACUCAGACGUGUCAUUCUUGUUGCAGUUUGCAUUGUGAUUUAUAUACGAAAGUUUAAGUAGAUUAUACUGGAUGUUAAUGUUGACAAGUAACCUGCAAUCACACAAUUUUUCAGGUGUUAAUGAUGUUAAUGAUGUUUUAGUGGAUGUUUUAAUUUUUUUAAUUAAAAAAUUGCUUAAUAUAUCUCUGAAAUGAGUUCAUCCAUCUUUUGGAGAUAUUGCUAAAACACUGAUGAAAUACUGUGCACUGUUAUCAUGGAGAGAAUGGUGGGCUUUCGUAGAUCUCAACCAGAUGUCAAUGUGUCUCGAUUAUCCAAAUCAUCAAAGCUCUUUUUCCUGCUAAAUAUUAUGCAAGUUGUCAUUGUUGGAGGUAUCCAAUCAUCAAUGAUGUAUCUUGGUGACUACAGCUCUAUAACCACUGGUGGUAUGGGUCCGGGGAGACGAGUUUACAUGGGUUUGUUCGCAGGUGCUGUUGUUUAUUCAUGUUUCUUAUGUUUAUUUGCUGUGAAAAAUGAAAAUUUUUUGGAGAUAAUUGCGUUUGUUGUCCAAAAUUUUGGUUACAUCGUGUACAGUUUAAUUCAAGUAUACCAUAUCAAUUAUAAAACAUAUGAAGACAUCGAGAUUCGUAAAUCAAAACAACUUUCUGUUUUAUCAUUUUUAAACUUUUUCAGCUUAUUGGUAAUGAACGCAAUGUUUACUUAUCUUGCGUUCAAAUUGUUUGUCGAAUAUGGUUGGAAGAUCUACAAAAGAGUUCGAUUUAACAUUAAGCUUCGAGCUGCAUAUCAUUUUUACGAGUUGGUGAUUUGUUUGAUGAAGAUGACAAUACUCUUUGUGGUGAUGUUUUCGAUAUGUUUGAAUCGUACAAUCUUCAGAGGUUUAGAGUCAGAUGCAAAUUUCAUAAUAACACUAGCUAUCAUACCUACUUUUAUUAUUGUAUGUAUACUAGCAGUUGCUGGGAUUCAUAGAGAAAACAAAGUUAUCAUGACUAUGUUUGUUGUGGUGUUGCUGGUCGCUCAAGCGGGAUACAUAUACGAAAUUUACAGUUUUGCCACGUGCUCGUCAACAUACUGCAAGAACUUUUUCACAAAGAGGAACGAUAUUCCACAAGAAGUUGUAAUUCACAUUUUAUACCUGGGUUCAGUGGCGUUAUUGUUCGUUUUCGUGUUGGCUCUAGCAUCAGUAAAGGUUACUCGCAACUUUGGAAUUGGACUUCGAAGUCAUUUUACUGGAUCGACGAAAAGCUCGACGUUACUCAUUCUUGGCUUAUCACAAGGAAUUGUCAGUUCAAUCAUUCUCAACUCAUCCGUUCAAAAAGAGAGUACCCUUGCGAAUAUACACGCCAUCACGCAAGAGGAAAAUGACUCGAUUUCUUCUGACACGUCAGAAAAAACACGAUCGUCGAUAACUGAAGAAUUCGACUGUUGCAAUAAAACAGGUUCUAAAAGAAAUAUUUUUGAUGAGAUUUCAACGUUAUCGAACUUUGCUAGUAAUAAAUGUGCGUCCGGCGCCCUAUUGGAUGUUGAUUUCCCGCCUAACGUUAAAUCAUCUUCAUUAACUGCUAAAAUACCCACUCAACAAAGAGCGAGUGUUAUUGCACGACUAUCCAAACAGGCAACAGAAAAAUUAAACACACUGUACAUUGGGAGUAGUGCAUCAACUGAAACCAUCUUUAAAGAAUCUUGUUGUUUGCCAAAAAAGCGGAAAUCUUCGGACGCCUACUUACCGGCUUAUUGUUUACCAACCGUUUAUGAAAAUCUUUUUAGACAAACAGAAACUUCACGUACUGCAUCACGUAGAACGAAAAAGAAAAAAUCUAUUCAUGACGUACCAUUCCCUGGUACGAGAAAAACUGCUAUUUCAACGCCCCCGACGGAGUUUAGUAAUAGUUGUUCCAGUGACAAAAUACAAGAUAAAAACACAUUAUACUCCAAUUCAAAUGCAGUUAUUGUAGACCAACUGAAUAAGAAACCAAAGAAAAGGAAACUUUCAGGCGACUUAUUAGGUCUACGUCAAGUUGGUAGCCAAACCGAAAAAGUUAACACGCACCAAUCACAUAACCGUACAUAUAGUGAUACGUCUUUUGCAUCGACUCGUUCACUUAUUUCAGAUGUUAGUGACAAUCGUAGAAGAUCUUCUUCAUAUAGCUCUAUUUCUCCGAACAUAUAUGGAAGAUCCUCACUGGCUGCGAUUUCAGAGUUGACGGCUGUAGACGAUGUUUUCGAGUAGGCUUCUGCAUCCACUCUUCCGUUAUACGAGCUCACUCCUGCCUUUAGGGAACUAAUUUUCGUUGAAAGAUGUUUUCGCGUAUUUCGCGAAAUGCCCACAGAAUUUCUUUGAUAGUUAAAUUUAGCAAAAAUUUAUGCAAUCUAAGGUUAUGCUAUUUGAUGUAUGUUUUUUAUGCUUAUAAAAAGCGUGUAGCCAUUUAUACUUAAAAAAGUUAUUUUUGAUAGGGAUGAUGUGUUUGAUUCACUUCUUUUGAGGUGUCCAUUAGAUGGAAAAAAUAAUUUUUUGCGAAACCAGCAAAAAUUAAUUCUUUCGAAAUACAGUGUUUUUUUUACUUGCGAAAAUUAAUUCCCGUGAAAAUUAGUUCCCAUUUAAGUAGUUAGUUACAUUUGUUAACAUUUCUAAUAAAAAAAUGCAUUUUUUCGCCAAUAUAUGUAAAAUACAUGAUGUCUCUAUAGUAACAGCCGUAUUCUGUCUGUCUCUGCGCAAAAUGGUACCGCAAACAGUGAGACACACGAAAUGCGGUAAAUAAAGGACGCACGAUCCCGUGGAUUUAUCCAUGGGCCAAAGACUAGUACAAAUAUAUUAAGCGUACAAUUCAUAUUUUCUGUAAAUUAUUUUACGAAAUAUUUUUACAAAUCUGAGAGAGUAUAUAUAUAUAAAAUAUAUUCCCUAA